AUGUUAUUGUAUAUAAUUAUCGGAUUAUUUAUCCUCCUUAUCUACUUUGCAUGUUUAAAAACAUUCAUUAAGUUGAUCAAAUUAAAAUUAACGCUUGGAAAUAAAGCUAUUAUUAAAUUCUAUCCAUUAACAGGUGAUUUUGCAUAGAUACCAUAAUCAAAUCAAUUAUAUGGUGAUGGAUUAAAACAUUUUCAAAAAAGAGUCUUUGAUAAACCAAAUGUUAAAUUUGUUUUGAGUAAUCUUAUGCAUGAACCUUUAAUUGAAAUUUAUGAUCCAGAAUAUUAUAAAGAAGUAUUCAUCAACCAUUAACUUUAUUAAAGAGCAGAUGUUUUAUAUCAUGAGUAUAAAUUAUUAAUAAUAAAGAAAACUAACAUCCAGAGGAAUAUUGUAUUCUGAGGGUUAAAAACAUAAAUAAUAAAGAUCUAUUUUGGGUGUUCAUUUUACUUAUGAUAAACUCAAAGAAAGGAUUCCUAUUGUAAAUUAAGUUGUUUUAUAAAAAAUAAAAAAUUAAGACAUUACUUAACUUCAUUAAUUUCUAAUUGAUCUAAAUACUGAAAUUGUUAUGAAAUCUUUUUUUGGAGAAAAAGCAUUAGAAUUUAAAUUAAAUGGUUAGAGUGUUCCUGCUGAAAUUUUAGGAUUAGAUGAUGAAAUGGGGGAAUUAAAUCUUUUUAAUCCUUAUGUUGUGUUAAAAAGGUUGAUUUUUGGAAGAAAAGGAGAUUAAAUAUUUCCAAGUAAAUCUUAAAAGCAUUUAAAUUAAAGAGUUGAUAAAGUAAUUGAUUUUAUCACUUCACUAAUUAAUGAGAAGAUAUCUAAUAAAAAUAAUAAAGGAAAUGAUUUCUUAGAUAUAUAUGUGGAUGCUUAUUUAAAUUAAAACAAGUAAGAUUCAAAAAUCGAAAUUUUAGAAAUAUGUUCUAUGUUUAUUUCAAUGUUUGCAGCAGGUUCAGGAACAUCAGUUGAUUUCUUAAAAAUGAUAUUAUAUUUUUUAGGUUAGGAAUAGGAAGCUUAAAAAGAAAUAAGAGACUAAAUAUUACAAGUUUUGAAUGGUUAAACAGAAGUAUUAGAUAUUCAUCUUUAAAAAUUAACUAUAUUAACAGCUUUCAUUUAAGAAAUGUUUCGUUUCAAAGCACCAUUUUUUGCACCUUUUAUUAGAAAAGCUAAAUAAACACAUUAUAUUAAAGAUUUAAAAAUAGAAAAAGGAACUAAUGUACUUAUUUUAUUUGCUGCUCCAGGAUGGUCGAAUAAACAUUAUGAUAAUCCUAAUUAAUUUGAUUAUAAACGAUGGUUAAAUCCAAAUCCAAUUAAGGAAGAUAAUGGAUUUGUUUAUAUUCCUUUUUCAGCAGGAGGUAGAAAUUGUAUUGGUUAACAUAUGGCUCAAUUAAAUAUCAAAAUUAUCCUUAGUCACAUUUUAAUGAACUAUAAAAUUACCUUGGAUCCUAAUUAACAAAUAAGAUUUCCAAUAAGUUUUAAAAUUGAUAUUGAACCAAUAAGUAUCAUAUAAUUUGAAAGAAUCAAAUGA